CGGACGACGAAUUCGUCCGUAGCGCCCUGUGUAAACCGUCCGUCCGCCGUUGCCCGAACGACAAAAUCCGAGGUAAAAGCCCGUACUUCGCUAUUUUCGCGAACUUCAACACGUCCACAGUACUCAUCGUGUUGAGCACGAUUGGAACGUAGACUUCGUCUAUCCCGUGCACGAGCAAUUACGUUGCAUCCUUUCGUUGUUGCGUAAAAUUAAUCCGAUUUAGGUGACCUCGACGUAACAUAACCUACAAAUCCGUCUUGAACUACCGCCUUCUGGUUCUCCUUCUUCUGACAACUCUAUCGUGCUUUUACGUAGACCAAUUCUAUAUCGACAUUUUUAAUUCCUUAAUCUCAUCGAUAUUCUUUCUUUCGAAAAUUUAUCUCGGUGUCAUAUGAUUUAUUAUUAUCGGAAUAUGUUUUCUAUCGAAAGUGAAAACCUGAUGUGUAAUAACUUGGACCCUUUUAGGCUCACGGCCCAACCCACUUUUUAAUCGCAAUGGUGUACUAAGACAUCGAUCAACAUAAUAUUUGCAAAGUAAGAAUAUUAAGCCAGUCUGAAAAAUGAAUAAUCAAGCAUUCAGUUUGGCAGAAAAGCUUAUACCUUCUACGUAUGUGCAACAAGGUUUAAAUGCAAAGAAAAUUCGCGAAAACCAUAUAAGACAUUUUAUCGAACAUAGACAAUGGCCAGAAGAGGGAUGGGACGACGCAACAAUAGAAGCUUUUCUUUCCGAUCUAUCCCAAAUGGAUAGCAACAAUUUUCCUUCUAACUGUAGCGUUGGAGAACGUGAAGCAAGAAUUGCAUCGAAUAUUGUAGCAAGGAGACAUUUUCGCAUGGGACACGGUAUUGGUAGAUCGGGUGAUUUAGAAGAAGUACAACCGAAAGCUGCUGGUAGUAGUCUCAUGUAUAAAUUAACAAAUGCUCUGGUAUUGGAAGUAUUGCGCUAUAUGGGUGUAAAAAGUAUAGCUGGUUGUUUCUUAUCUCCUAUGGCUACAGGCAUGAGUUUAGUAUUAUGUAUGCUGACUCUCAAACAAGAUAGACCACGAGCAAAAUAUGUUUUAUGGCCUCGAAUUGAUCAAAAAUCAAGUUUCAAAUCUAUAAUUACAGCAGGUUUAGAACCUAUAGUCAUUGAAAUGCAAAUAGUUGGUGACGAAUUAAAAACAGAUAUACAAAUGCUCGAAUCUCAAAUGUUAGCUCUUGGAGAAAGUGUAGUUUGUGUAUUAACAACAACAAGUUGCUUUGCACCUAGAGCAUGUGACUCGGUUGAUUCAAUUGCAAUUUUGUGUACACAAUAUAAUAUACCUCAUUUAGUGAAUAAUGCUUAUGGAUUACAGAGUUCAAGAUGUAUGCGUCUCAUACAAGAGGCAUCUCGUAAGGGUCGCGUUGAUGCAUUUGUUCAAAGCACUGAUAAAAAUUUUCUUGUACCCGUGGGUGGUGCAAUAAUUGGAUCAUUUGAUAAAAACAUUUUGAGUCGUAUAUCAAAAAUGUAUCCAGGUCGUGCAAGUGCAAGUUCUACUAUGGAUGUUAUGAUAACAUUAUUAAGCCUUGGCAUAGCAGGUUACAAGCAACUUAUUACUGAACGUAAAGAAAUGUAUGCCUAUCUUAAAGAGGAACUUGGAAAAAUAGCAGCGAAACAUGGAGAACGUUUAUUAGAUACGAAAGGAAAUCCAAUAUCAAUGGGAAUGACAUUACAGUGUUUAAGUCAUCAACAUGAUAAUAAGCAAGUUACAACCCUAGGCUCGAUGUUGUUCCUUCGUAAUGUUAGUGGUACUAGAGUAAUCACUACGACAGACUCUAAGCACAUUAUUUCGCACAAGUUUGAAGGGUGGGGUGCUCAUAACAGUAAUUAUCCAGUACCAUAUAUAACUGUUGCUGCAGCUUUAGGUAUGAAAAGAUCAGACGUUGAAGCAUUUAUACAGAGACUAGAUAAAGCAUUAACAAAAGUACGAAGACGUUCUGCUUCUGUAACUCCGACAGCAUCACUUGCUGGAUCUAGUAUUAAUGGAGAUGCUGGUGGUGCUGGUGGACCAGGUGAAUCCAGCACAGCUUCAACCAGCCGUGCAAGUAGUAAAGAUAGUUUGCGAAAAUGAACCGUAAUCAACGCAACUGGCCAGUCAAAUCAGCACAUUAAUAUUAAUUUGUAAGUAAAUUAUUACUUGCAAUUAAUAUAUUUUUCAUAUCUCUGCAUAAUUACUUGUAUCAAAACAACAAUCUUAAAUUUGAUUAUAAAAAUGAAAUAUAUUUUUACAUAAUAUUAUUUAAAAUAUACACAUAUUUAAACAGAGAAUAUUUUUUUCACAUUG